AUGCCUCGCCUUUCUGCAGCCCGCUACGGCAAGGACAAUGUCCGCGUCUUUAAGCGUGAGAAGGACGGCGAUGUUGAGACUGUCACGGAGCUGACGGUCUGCUGUCUAUUGGAGGGCCAGAUAGAGGAGUCCUACACAGUGGCCGACAACAGCCCCGUAGUAGCCACAGACUCGAUCAAGAACACGAUAUUCAUCAAGGCCAAGGAGUACCCGGUCAACCCCAUAGAGCUUUUUGCCAGCAUGCUCGGCCAGCACUUCCUGGACAAGUACCCGCACAUCACCGUCGCCAAUGUCGACAUUAUCAAGCACAAGUGGUCGCGCAUGGUGGUCGACGGCAAGCCUCACCCCCACAGCUUCCACCGCGACGGCGAUGAGAAGAGGACGGUGGAGGCCCGCGUCACGCGGGAGGGCAUCGACAUCAAGAGCAGCCUGAAGAACCUGCUGGUGCUGAAGAGCACCGGCUCCAUGUUCUACGGCUACGUCCAGGACGAGUUCACCACCCUGAAGGAGACCUGGGACCGCAUCCUGUCGACGGACGUCGACGCCACCUGGGCGUGGAAGACGUUCCCCAACGUGGCCGCGGUCACGGAGCAGGCUGCUGCUUUCGACAAGGCGUUCGACGACGCCCGCACCAUCACCUUCAAGACCUUUGCCGAGGAGAACAGCCCCUCGGUACAGGCCACCAUGUACAAGAUGUGCGAGCAGAUCCUUGACGCCGCCCCUGCAACGGCAUCAGUGUCGUAUGCUCUGCCGAACAAGCACUACUUUGAAGUUGACCUGGCAUGGCACAAGGGUGUCCAGAACACUGGCAAGGAUGCCGAGGUGUACGCUCCUCAAUCGGGACCCAACGGUCUCAUCAAGUGCGAAGUCACCAGAGACUAA